GGCUUUGCCGAUGCCAAUUUGAGUUGCUUCUUCACCUUGGUUUUGAAUGUAAAAAGAAAAACGACCUGCAGCAGCAGCAGCAGCGCAGCAGCAGCAGCAGCAGCGCAGCAGCAGCAGCAGCAGCGCAGCAGCAGCAGACACGAGCAAGUGAAGGAAAAAACCAACUCAUCAGCUAGUAGCAGCAGCAGCUGUAACAGCAGCAGCAGCAGCAGCAGCAGGGGCGCUACACGCCAACCUCUUCAGCAGCAGCAGAACAGGGGCAGCAGAGUAGCAGCCGCAGCAAAACAGCAGCAGCAGCAACAGCAGCCCAACAGCAGCAGCACAAAAGCAACACUCCUGCAACAGCAGCAGCACAGCAGCAGCACCCCAGCAGCAGCAGCCCAACUGCAACAGCAGCACACAACCAACAGCAGCACAACAGUAACAGCAGCGCAACAUCAUAAUCAGCAGCAGCAGCAGCAGCAGCAGCAGCAGCAGCAGCAGCAGCAGCAGCAGCAGCAUCGCAGCAGCAGCAGCAGCAUCGCAGCAGCAGCAGCAGCAUCGCAGCAGCAGCAGCAGCAUCGCAGCAGCAGCAGCACCAGCAACAUCAUCAUAAUCAGCAGCAGCAGCAGCAGCAGCAUCGCAGCAGCAGCAGCAGCAGCAGCAGCAGCAGCAGCAGCGCAGCAGCAGCAGCAGCAGCAGACCUUGGCGCUGGACGCUGUAGAGCAUGUUGUCCCAGACGGAGAGGCGGACCAUGAGCUGGUAGAGGUUUAG